AGUACUAAGGGAAGUUCUUGAUACAUCUGAUGAUUUCCAGCGUCAAUAUAUACCCCUGACACUAGCAAGAAAAUUUAGUGUGUAAAGUCUUAUUUAAUUAGUGAAAAGAUGAUGGUUGCCGCAGAAGGCUGCUACUUGUUGUUCAUUACCAUUUGCCUUUUACUCAUCUCAGGCCUUAGCGUUCAUUCUUUGUCUUAUGAUUAUUCUGCUACUACAAAGUGUUUGGCAGAACCUGAGGCAGCACAGUAUGGAGGAGGCCUUAUAGUAAAUCCAGGAUUUGAUCACAACAUAGACGGUUGGACAGUAUUUGGAAAAGGAGCAAUCAAGGAACAAAUUUCCAGUGGAGGCAAUAGAUUCAUUGUUGCCCACAACAGAAAACAAUCAUUGGACUGUUUCUCUCAGAAGGUCCAACUGAAGAAAGGAAUGCUAUACACCUUUUCUGCUUGGUUUCAGCUCAGUGAAGGAAGUGACACUGUGUCAGUUAUAUUCAAAACAAAAGGAAGUGAACUGGUACGAGGUGGUCAUGUGAUAGCAAAAUAUGGAUGCUGGACUCGGCUAAAGGGCGGGAUAGCAGCAAACUUCUCAAGUCCUGUUGAGAUUCUUUUUGAGAGCAAGAAUUCCAAUGUGGAAAUAUGGGCUGACAGUGUCUCCUUACAACCAUUUACUAAAAAGCAGUGGAGAUCAUUACAAGACUCCAGCAUUGAGAGGAUACGUAAGAGGAAAGUGAGAUUCCAGAUAACUCAUAUAAAUGAAACAGCGAUGAAAGGUGCUAUAAUUACCAGCACACCAGUAAAGUUGAACUUCCCAUUUGGAUGUGGAAUGAACCAUUAUAUCCUCACAAACAAAGACUACCAGAAUUGGUUUGUGUCAAGGUUCAAAUUCACAACUUUCACCAAUGAGAUGAAGUGGUAUAGUACGGAGAAAAAGCAAGGCCAGGAAAACUACACCAUCUCAGAUGCCAUGUUGAAUUUUACCAAAGCGAAUGGCAUUUCUGUGAGAGGCCAUAACAUUUUCUGGGACGAUCCAAAAUAUCAGCCUGAAUGGGUUAAGACCCUAUCACCUUUAGAAUUAGCAGAAGCAGCAACAAGAAGAAUAGAAUCAGUGGUUUCAAGAUACAAAGGAGAACUGAUUGCAUGGGAUGUGAUGAAUGAGAAUCUCCACUUCCACUUUUAUGAGGACAAUCUUGGUGAAAAUGCCUCUGCAAAUGCAUAUGUAGCAGCCUAUGAGCUUGAUCCAAAACCAAAGAUGUUCCUGAAUGAGUUUAACACCAUUGAAUAUAGUGGGGAUGAGUCUGCCAGCCCAGUCAAAUAUAUCAAGAAACUUGAGGAGAUUCUGUCAUUUCCAGGAGUUGCUGGAAUGUCAGCAGCAAUAGGGUUGCAAGGCCAUUUUAGUGUUGGCUAGCCAAAUCUUGCUUAUAUGAGGUCAGGUCUUGAUCUUCUUGCUUCAACUGGACUUCCAAUAUGGCUCACAGAAGUGAGUGUGGAUCCACAGCCAAAUCAGGCAGAGUUCUUAGAAGAGGUACUAAGAGAGGCGUACUCUCAUCCUGGUGUUGAAGGGAUUAUAAUGUUUUCUGGUCCAGCACAAGCUGGUUUCAACGCCACUACUUUGGCAGAUGAGAAUUUCAAAAAUACUCCGGCUGGAGACGUUGUGGACAAGCUGAUUCAGGAGUGGAGAACUGGGUCUAUUGUUGCCACUGCAGAUGACAGAGGAUUUGUAGAUAUUUCACUGCACCAUGGAGACUAUGAAGUAACUGUUACACAUCCUCUGACCCACUCCUCUCAAACUCUGAAUCUAAGUGUAAACAAAGAUUUUGCACUGGAAACCAUUCGUGUGAAAAUGCGUGCAUAAAAAGUUUUACUUUCGUUGAAGCAAGCUGUCAUUGCAUGUGUAAAUUUGAAAAGAUUGUAAUAAAAUGGCUUGCAGCAUCAUGGUUGGUUA